CUGGGGGACACUGAAUUUUAUUCUAGCAACCACGGGGCGGGGGCAGGGCGGGGAAACAAAGACGAAGGAAGCAGGGUGAAAAAUAAGGUGGUUAAGAGAGAGAGAGAGAGAGAGGGAGAGGGAGGAGGCAGAGAAACUUGUUAAUUACAGGGCCGGGAGAGCAAGAUAUUUCUCUUCCUUUCACAAGGUAGAAGCUGUUGAAUAAUUCAUGCCGUGUGGGGAGGCUGCCUUUCCCUGGGUGACGGAGAACUCGGCAGGAGAGAGCUUCGAGUGGGUUCGCCCUGUCAGCCGCCCCUCUCGCUCGCUCCUGAGCACGGGGUGGGUGCUCCUCUCCCGAGCUCAGCCUCUGCGCUGCAGAGGAGCAUCCUGGCCGCCGGCUGCCUCCUGCCCACGAGCCGGGCUCGCAGCCCGCUGGGGCUCCCAGCCAGCCGCCUGCAGGCGGAAGAGGCUCCCUGCGGCUGGCGGCUGGUGUCUGCCCGGGACCAUGUGCCUGCAAGCUGCUUGGGAGACUCGGGCACUUGCUCUUGGCACGGAUCCCCGCUGAGCGUGUCCUGCUGAUUUCGGGACCACAGAUGCUGCUGCUGAGGAGGAGUUUCCUGGCGUCCCUCCCUCUGCCACCGCCAGCUGAGGACCAGCCCAAAAGCGGGAGUUGGCAUGGGCCGCGCCGCCGGGACCCCGUGCUAGCCCGUGAGGUGUGAAGCGCUGGCCAGGAUGACCAACUCCUCCUCUGAGUCUGCGUCCUCCACGGCCGGGGGGUCGCUGCUGCUGCUCUGCGAGGAAGAGGGGUCGUGGGCCGGCCGGCGCAUCCCGGUGUCCCUCCUGUACUCGGGCCUGGCCAUCGGGGGCACGCUGGCCAACGGCAUGGUCAUCUACCUCGUGUCGUCCUUCCGCAAGCUGCAGACCACCAGCAACGCCUUCAUCGUCAACGGGUGCGCCGCCGACCUCAGCGUCUGCGCCCUCUGGAUGCCGCAGGAGGCGGUGCUGGGGCUGCUGCCAGCCAGCGCGGCCGGGCCCCCGGGGAGCUGGGACGGAGCAGGGGGCAGCUACCGCCUGCUGCGGGGCGCGCUGCUGGGCCUGGGCCUCACCGUGUCCCUGCUGUCUCACUGCCUCGUGGCGCUGAACCGCUACCUGCUCAUCACCCGGGCGCCCGCCACCUACCAGGCGCUGUACCAGCGGCGCCACACGGCGGGCAUGCUGGCGCUGUCCUGGGCGCUGGCGCUGGGCCUCGUGCUGGCGCUGCCGCCCUGGGCGCCGCGCCCCGGCCCCGCGGCCAAGGGCGUGCACUACCCCGCGCUGCUGGCGGCCGCGGCGCUGCUGGCGCAGACCGCGCUGCUGCUGCACUGCUACCUGGGCAUCGUGCGCCGCGUGCGCGUCAGCGUCAAGCGGGUCAGCGUGCUCAACUUCCACCUGCUGCACCAGCUGCCCGGCUGCGCGGCCGCCGCCGCUGCGCUCCCCGCCGCCCCGCGCGCGCCCGGCCCCGGCGCCCCCGCGCUCCCCGCGCUCUCCGCGCCCGCGCCGCCCCUGCCGGCUCCGCUGCAGCCCCGCCGCGCGCAACGACGGCUCAGCGGCCUGUCGGUGCUGCUGCUGUGCUGCGUCUUCCUGCUGGCCACGCAGCCGCUCGUGUGGGUCAGCCUGGCCAGCGGCCUCGCGCUGCCCGUGCCCUGGGGCGUGCAGGCGGCCAGCUGGCUCCUGUGCUGCGCGCUGUCUGCGCUCAACCCGCUGCUCUACACCUGGAGGAACGAGGAGUUCCGCCGCUCCGUGCGCUCCGUCCUGCCCGGCGUGGGUGAGGGGCCCGCUGUGCCCGCCGUGGCCCAGGCGCCGCUGGGCUCCCGCGGCGCCGCGGGCCAGCAGUGGUGACCCGGGGAGGCGGCGAGUCCCGGCUCCCAGCGUCCUGGCUCCCCCUUCGCCUCCCGCCCUCCGAAAGGGUCCUCUGACCCGAGGCUCCUGCGUGAAGCCCAGAAGACUGGUGCGAAGGUCUCUCCUUCCACCCUCGGGGGGGACACGCGAACCGAGGUCUCUCCCUGAAGGGGGUCCCGCAGUCAUUUUGGGCGGCCCCCUGAUUUUAUUCCGUGUUUCUGUGGUUUAGAGACUUCCCAGCGUCAAAACACCAGAGAGAGAGAGAGAGAGAGAGAGACUUGGAGAACUUGCAAAAUGACAUUUAAAAAUAAAAACACAGUUAAUGUAUUUCAACAGUUUCGGAAAAGAGCUGGGAUAACACGUUACCCUUUCACCUUCGUCGUCUUAAGAAACGUGCGGAGCGCCCUGAAGCAGCGUGAGCCGCAGGGGGCGCUGCCGAUACAGGAACGCACGUUUCACACGACCCUCAGAAAGCGCCCGUCCUGGAGGGCUCACCUGGGGAAGGAAGCGGCAGGUGCGCACCCCGGGAUGACUGGCUGUGAAGACCUCAAGCCCUUUAUUCUUAAAAGGGUUUUUUUAUGUAAAGCAAAAUCCUUCCCGAAUGAGAUAGAAUCUUAGCCAGUGAGA